AUAAAUUGGAAGUAAUCAUUUUCAUAUUCAUUUUCGUUUGUUUUCCCAAACCAAGUAAUACUUAUCAUCAACAAAGACGAGCAAGAAGCUUGUUAAAGAGAAACAGGAGAGGAAGAAAACUGAGAAACUGACUAGGUAGGUUGAGAGGAGAAGGAGAUGAAGAGAGAAGAAUUAGGAAAAAUGAUCCUUGUCUCAAGCAUUGUUUGUGUAACGUUGCUGCUGUUGUCGGCUAUGAUCAAGAUGUUUGAAAAGCUAUGGUGGAAACCGAGUCGCAUACGGAAGCUGAUGGCUCUGCAGGGGAUCAAAGGCCCUUCUUACAGACUUAUCCAUGGAAACACCAUAGAAAUCUCCAACAUGAAAAGGGAAGCAAUGAGCAGGCCCAUGAGCUUAUUACAUGACAGCUUUCCUCAAGUUCAACCUCACAUUCACUUGUGGACCAAGUUAUAUGGGAAGAAUUAUCUUCAAUGGCAUGGCUCCAAACCUCAGCUUGUCAUUACAGAAGCUGCAAUAUGCAAAGACAUACUGAACAACAAUGAUGGGGCUGUUCAAAAAGCAGAGACAAUAGGAUAUGUGAAGAAGCUAUUAGGAGAUGGCCUCACAAGAUCCUCAGGUGAAAAAUGGUCCAAGAUGAAAAAGCUGGCCAACCAUGCCUUCCAUGGAGAGAGGUUAAAAAGUAUGAUCCCAGCAAUGAUAGCCAGUGGCGAGACAAUGCUUGAGAGGUUGAAAAACCAUCAAGGCAGAGAGAUUGAAGUUUACGACGAGUUCAGGUUUUUCACUUCAGAAGUGAUUUCCAGAACAGCCUUUGGCAGCAGCUACUUAGAAGGCGAGAACAUUUUUGAAAUGUUGAUGAAGUUAGCCUUCUUGACAUUCAAAAAUACUCACAAAAUUAGGUUUCCAGGUAUCAGUAAGAUCUUUAAAACCAGAGAUGAGAUCGAAUCAGCGGAGCUUGAGAAAGGAAUACGCAACAGCGUAAUGGAGCUUAUUAAGAAAAGAGAAAAGAAGGCAAUGGCUGGAGAAGAAGACGGCUUUGGGAGUGAUUUUCUUGGAUUGCUUUUAGAGGCUCGCCAUGAUACCAAUGAGAAGCAGAGGAUUUCAGUGGACAAUUUGGUCGACGAGUGCAAGACUUUCUACUUGGCUGGACAAGAAACCACUACCAGUUUGCUUGCUUGGACUGUCUUUCUUCUGGCCCUCCAUAGAGAUUGGCAAGAGGAAGCAAGAAAGGAGGUCCUACAACUAUUUGGCAAACAAACUCCAAACCCUGAUGGCAUUGCCAAACUCAAAACAAUGAGUAUGAUUAUCAAUGAGUCCCUGAGAUUAUACUCUCCUAUUGUUUCCUUGGAAAGGAAAACUGAGAGGGAAGUUAGACUGGGAAAUCUCAUAGUCCCUGCUAAUGUUGAACUGCUACUCCCAAACCUAGCAUUUCACCUUGAUCCUAAAUUUUGGGGAGAAGACGUGCACCUUUUCAAACCAGAGAGAUUCUCAGAAGGGGUUGCUAAAGCUACCAAGGAUAACAUGGUCGCAUUCCUUCCCUUUGGAAUGGGACCUCGAACUUGUGUGGGCUUCCAUUUUGUAACCAUUGAAGCAAAGAUUGCUCUGUCAAUGAUUCUACAGAACCACUCAUUCACCCUCUCUCCGGCCUACGUCCACUCCCCGUUUCAAUUUCUUACACUUAGGCCACAACAUGGUGUUCGAGUAACGCUACACCCGCUCUGAACUGUGUAGACCACGUGGAUAUGGGUUUGUGAGUUUUAUUUAUGUACGUAGAGUACUGUUAUUGGUACUUCAAUAAAGUAUUUGAGAAAGUAUUUGAGAGAAAUUGACAA